AUGUUCAAACAAAGACAGACCAACCUGGAGAGAGGUAAGUUGCUGCUCCUCCUGACCACAACAGGACAAACUGCGAUUCUGACCGAAGACCUCCAGACAACAGCAGCUUCUCUUCUUACAAAUACGACCACGCAGCUCAACACCAGCAGCGUGGAGCAUCCAAAGGUUCUGCGUACUCACAAAUCAUGUGAUAGCAAAGAUGAGAAAUACUGUGAGAACGGCGGCGAGUGCAUGUACCCCCAAGACAGCGACAAACCUUUUUGCAUCUGCUCGUCCUCGUACAGCGGGCCUCGCUGCCACUUCUUCAGUGACACCACUCACACGCUCCCUGAGUUUGAGCAGCUGAUCGGCAUCAUCUUCGGGGUCGCCAUGCUCUUCUUGAUCCUGGCCAUCGUGAUUUACUGCUUUAUCAACAGGAGGUGUAUGAAAUCAGCCCCACUUAUAAAAUCUGCACCCUCUGAAACAUCAGUGUGA